AUUUAUUCACUAUAUUACCCCACCUGUACAACUUCAACACCCUUCACCACUUUCCUCCAACUCCCUCCUUCAUCUCCGUCCCCUCCAAUCCUCAAUGGCGUCCGUACAAUUCCGUACGCUUCUCAUCGUCUCGGCGAUACUGAGGGUGGUUUUAAUCCUCUACGGAGAGUGGCAGGACGCCCACAUGGAGGUGAGGUACACAGACAUCGAUUACAUGGUAUUCUCAGACGCAGCUUCUCUAAUGGCGUCUGGCAAAUCCCCAUUUGAAAGAUCCACUUACAGAUAUUCUCCUCUCCUCGCCUUUGUGCUCAUCCCCAAUUCGAUUCUCCAUCGCUCUUGGGGCAAAUUCAUCUUCUCAGCUGCAGAUUUGCUUGUGGGUUUGUUUAUAAGGAUCAUACUGAAGCUUCGUGGGGUGCCGGAGAAAUUGAGCAUGAUUUCAGUGAUUGUUUGGCUCUUUAAUCCGUUUACUUUUACGAUUGGGACUCGAGGGAAUUGUGAGCCAAUUGUUUGUGCUUUGGUUCUUUGGGUCUUCAUAUGUCUUAUGAACGGACGUGUGUUACAAGCUGCAUUUUGGUAUGGGCUUGUUGUCCACUUCAGAAUCUACCCCAUUAUCUAUGCACUCCCAAUCCUUGUGAUUCUUGAUCCGCAUGUGUUUCAGCCUGGUCAGAAACCUAGACUUCAAUAUUGGAAUCGUCGGCAAGAAUCACCUCAAAGCAGUUCUGGUACAAGACUCGCUCAGCUUCUUUGCCCAUGGUUUCUUUUGAAAAGUGCAUUAACACGAGAAAGGAUACUUUUCUCCUUUAUAUCUGCGGUCGUAUUCUUCCUUUUCACUGGUUUAUUCUAUCAUCUGUAUGGGUGGGAUUUCCUGUACGAGGCUCUGCUGUAUCAUCUUACCCGUACUGAUCCAAGGCACAAUUCCAUUUACUUUUAUCACAUCUACCUUCAGUACCACCGUAAACUUUCCAUAUUGGAGAAACUCGUCUCAUUUUUGCCUCAGUUGAUAGUCCAGGUUGUUCUUGUCUUGAGUUUCGCCAAAGACCUUCCAUUCUGCUGCUUAGUUCAGACAGUGGCAUUCGUGGCAUUCAACAAGGUAAUGACUGCACAAUACUUUGUUUGGUUCUUUUGCCUCUUGCCUCUGGUUCUCGCUUGGAGCAACAUGAAGCUUAAAUGGAAGGGCCUAUCGUGCAUCGCAUUGUGGGUAGGCGGUCAACUUCAUUGGUUGUUGUGGGGUUAUAUGCUUGAGUUCAAGGGACAAAAUGUCUUUCUUCAACUCUGGACGGCAAGCAUCAUAUUCUUAGCUGCAAACACGUACGUUUUAGUUUCUCUCAUCCGCGAUCACAGAUUUUCUCCAGUUUUCGCACAGUUGGAGAAAACCGCCAAGGACUCGAAGAAACUCAAGUGAUAAAACAUGUAGAUCUGUUUUGGAGGUUUACGUAUAAGUUGACAAUUUAGUUCUCAGUUUCUUCCCGCUGUUUUUGGUGAUUAGAUAAGCACAUUUCGGCUGUUCGUUUAUUGGUUUUGAAGCAAUGUUUGGCUCCUUACAUGCAAAAAAAAUCAUUACUCCUUUAAUGACGAUGGGACAUCGCAGCAAUCUUAA